AUGGUUUUUCCAUUGCCAGUGGAUGGUGAUCCAUACGGACUGAUGGGCAACGUCGAGUCGCCAAUAGAAACUUGGAAGGCCAUUUUUCCUCGAAGUGGGGCGCAGGAGCGGCCAUUUGAGCCACCAAUUACCAAGAAGGAGUUCAUUGACCUGGUACGAGCUCAGAUUGAAAAGAUCCUGACAGGCGAUAAGUUCAAGUGCAAGCUUGAAAGCUUCAACUCCAUCGACAGGGACGAAAGUUUCCUCACCAUUUGGCUCCAAGAUACCGAGAUGUUGGAGACCCUCGCAGAGCGUGUGGAGGCUCGCGCUCGGGUGAAGCCCAGUGCGUACGAAAUGGUUGGUUUCGACUGCCCAACAGAAUACAAGAAUGCAAAGGAGUUCACAACAAUGCCGCAUGAAAUGGAUGCAGAUAAGCCGGGUCAGGCAUACAGAAAUCUUCACACUGGUGAGCCCAUGGACAACUCUUGCCCGGCCUGGGUGCUGUUUCGAAAGGAGCUGAAGGACAAGCUGGACCUUUUUGAGGAACCUCAAGUUCUACGAGUUCUCCGACGGCAUAUGCUCAACUACAUCAACAUUGAAGAGCUGCAGAAGGUCAAUGCGAUCACAAACUUCUUUGCAGUCCACAAAUGGAGACAUCUGAGCGAGCUGCAUCGCCGUGGUUGGAAUGAUUUGUCGCGCAUCUUUGGUUGGCCCAAGGAGGGAACCGCAGAUCACAUUGUGCAAUACGCUGGGAUUCAAGCGGCAUUCUUCUUCCACUUGUUCAACACCUUCACAAGGUGGAUCUCUGGUCCUGCUGUCCUCAGCGUAAUCAACUUCGUUCUACGGCGAUCCCCAUGGGUGGACAAACACCAGAUGCAAAUGUUGGAUUCUGCCUAUGGGGCGAUGCUUUGCAUUUGGACGACUGUUUUCUUAGUUCGCUAUGAGCAACUCGAAAAUCUCAAGAUCUUUCGCUGGGGAAUGCAUGGGGCGGAGCAAGAGAUUGCACCUGUGAGGAAGGAGUUCAGCGACGCAUAUCGCGGAACUGUGUGUGAAGGCUCGCAGAAUUUGGUGCAUUGGAUACUUUGCUUGCUCUUCAUGCUGGAGACGGUUGUCGCAGCAGAGUGCAUCACAAAGAUCAGGUCGAGAGCAUUCAGUGACCCUGAGGGUUCAACCUUUGGGAUUUCAAACGGCACACUUGUGCUUCUUGCAAAGUAUGCCAUUACUCUCAAUAUCAAGCUGGUCGACUCGAUUUGGACGCCGUUAUCCACUUGGCUCAGCAAGAAGGAGAAUUGGCGCACAGAGACCGACCUUAAAGCCAACAUGGUCGUGAAGCUGUUUGCUGUGAAGUUUGUGGUGUUCUAUUACCCUUUUGCAUUUACCAUCUUUGUGCAGCCAUAUGAAGCAGAGGGCUGUGAUGGAGGAGAAAUGUCAGGCUGCGUGUCAAAGUUGAGAUCAGACCUUUAUUUUUUCUUCGUUUGCCAAGUGGUUACAGAAGCAGUUGGCCUUUGCGUGACACUGCUGUCGGUGUACUGGAGCGUGCGUUCGGAAAAGAAAAAGAUCAGUCAAGAAAGCGGCCGAAAGCACGUCACCUACUUGGAGUUGCAGGCAAAGCUUCCACCUUACGGCGAAGCAGACCAAAUUGCAGACUAUAUGAAUCUUGUGUUGAUCUUUGGUUUCAUUGCAAUGUUCGGCGUCACCUGUCCAUCAAUGUCAAUCAUGUGCUUCUUCUCCAACUUUCCCAUCAAAAGGCUGUUGGCAUACAAAGUUUCCUAUGCACGACAGCGAGCCGUUCCCAGAGUGGAGGAAGGGAUUGGUGCGUGGAGAGCAAUUAUGAGCUUCAUUGCUUACAUGGGUGUGACCUGCACAUGCUACAUUGUGAUUUUUGUCUUCAAUAUUGAGAAGAUGAGCCUGGCUACAAAACUUAUCCUUUUCAUUCUCGCUGAGCGAGUUCUGAUGGCUCUCAAGAAGGCCAUGGAAGGGCUCAUGGGUUCCAAGACGGUGGCACAGCUCCGGAUCCAAGAGCACAAUGAGGAGGUACUUGACAAAGUGCUGAAUGGAGAUGCGUGUAUCAUCAGUUAUGAGUCAUGCGAUGCUUCCCAUGCUCUUGACCAAGCCCUGUCCUGGGCAUUGCUGGAGGAUGGUGCAGAAAAUAGCUGGAGAAAAGAUAUGGCGGGUUCUGCUCAGUCAGUGGCAACAGAUGGCUUGGCCUGGCCGAAGAGCAAACAUGAUCUAAAGCUUGACAAGCCUUUGGGCCGUGGCUACUUUGGAGAGGUUUGGCGAGGUUACCGCGCUGGUCGAUCGUCCACACCCGUUUGGGCAGUGAAGAAAAUCCCAUUGUCUCUCAUAGAGCAGCAUGGCCUCACAGAGCAGAUGAAGAGGGAGAUCGACAUCAUGAGAAGCCUGAGACAUCCACACAUCGUGGAGCUUCACUUCAGCUUCCAAGACGAGAGCCACGUGUACUUGGGAAUGGAGUUUGCCGAGGGCGGCGGGAUGUUCGACCUGCUCAGUAAGUAUGGCAAGUUCACCUGUGAGCUCGCAGCUCGACAUUUUUACGAAGUCUGUGAUGCCUUGGAGUACUUGCACACCCAAACGCCGCAGAUUAUUCACAGGGACAUCAAGCCCGAAAACAUUUUGCUGGACAAAGAUCAGCACGCUAAACUUGCUGACUUUGGAUGGUCGAACGUCUUGGAGAAUGUCUCCUACAGGGCCACCUUCUGCGGUACACCAGACUACCUGGCCCCAGAAAUGAUUCGUGGAGAAGGUCACAAUGAAAGUUUGGACAUGUGGGAGAUGGGUGUGCUGCUGUACGAGAUGGUUGUUGGCAAAUCGCCCUUUGGCGGAAGCAACCAGGAUGAAACCUGUCGCAACAUCCUGAGCGUAAGGCUGAAGUUCCCUCCUGGCUUGGAGCCAUUGGCAGAGGACUGCAUCAAGAAGCUGUGCCAACCGAGACCACAGGAACGCCUCACUGCGGCACAAGCCAAAUGCCACGAGUUCGUGAGAAAGUUCCACGCUGCGGCAUCCAAGGAACUCCAAGAAGACUCCGGCCGACCAUCGGUGGAGGCACGAAACCUUCGGCGGAAGAAUGAGAUCCUCGUCAACGAACAUCUUGAGCUCCUUCAGCAAAAAGCUAAGAAGGAAAGCGAGAUUUUCGAGUUAGAUAUCAAACUGGAGGCAAAGCAUGAGCAACUGAAGAAAGAAGAACAGGAAAGAGACAAGGUGAAGAAAGAAGUUGCAAGAUUGCAGAAAUUGGAAAGGGAGCAGCUGGAGGAUGCCCAGCAGCACUUUUGAGACUGAUUUUGUCAGCGUAAAGCUGUGCUCCAACAGAUUCUGAUGUAUUUUGGAACCGACCAGGAGCUAAGACAGCUAGAGGCAGCAGAACGACCAGCAGCUCCUUUGUGAACCUGUUGGCCGUUGAAGUUGCACAUCGCAAGUUAGAGAUGCGCGAUCUGUGUUUCAUUGAAUUCGUUCCUGCUGUUUGGGCGGGAAAGAAGAAAAAACCUGCCAAAUC